CGCAACCCAUGAAACAUUCCGAGACAUUCUGCAGAAAGCAUCAGCUCUGGAUGGUCGCUACCGCUACAUGGAUCCUGCAGAUCCUCUCCACGCUGGCGGCCUCCACUCCGACUCCCUGCCCCGCUGCCGCGCCCGCGCUGGUUGCGCUGCCGCGGCGCGGUGCGGCGGCGUUGCCGUGGGUCCUGGCUGAGGUGGCCAAAGCUGCCACAGAGGACGAAGAGGUGCUCUCUCCCGACGCCGCCAAUGCGGAUUCACCCUGGAACAAACCACGGAUCUACAAAGCUUUUCGCCUGACGAAUGGCUUGCGGGUGCUCUUGGUGGAGGAUGAGUCCAUGGAACAGAUGGAUGUCGCCUUGACCUUGCCCUUUGGCCAGUUCGAUGAUCCAGCGGAUCGGCCCGGCUUAGCGCACCUGACGGAGCAUUUGCUGCUCUCGGAGAAGGACGCGGGAGAAGACUUGGAAACCUGGUUGGAGACGCGGUUUGGCGAGUCCAAUGGAUUCACGGCCUUCGAAUCAGCGCUCUUCACCCUCUCCUGCGAGGCCAGCGACUGGUCCUCCGCGCUGCCGCGCUUCGGCCGCUGCUUCCGCGCCGCGGACGCCGACGCGUCGGACGCCGCUGAUCCGCGCUUCGUGGCGUCCUCGGUGGCGCGAGAGGUGCGACGGAUCGAUGGCGAGUUCAUGGAUGGGCUCUCGGCCCAGCUGCGGAGUUUACAGCUCUUGAGAUGUCGGACGGUGGAAGGUCAUCCGCUAAGAGCUUUUGGCCCUGGCAGCAUGAAGACCCUGUUGCCCUUGGGAGAUCGUCCUGAAGACCUUCAGCGCUUGGCGAAGCUGAGCCAGGAGCUCUUCCGGAGUGUGGCCGCAGAGAAUGCCACCCUUGCCAUCGUCGCGCCGGUGCCCAUCGUGCAGCUGCGCCCCGUCGUCGCCGACGCCUUCGCGGGCCUCGCCGCCCGUGCGCCGCGCGCGGCGGAGCCGCGGACGGCGCGCAGCCGGGCCGAUCCGCUGCCUGCGGCGGAGACGGUGGCACCGUGCUUUGUCGUCGACACCAAGGAUGAUCCCGCCAUCAGUUUCACCUGGAGCAUCCCCUUCGAGGCGAAUUCAGCCGACGCGCUGGACGUGACCAGCUUCCGAGCAUCGAAGCCACUGGUGGUGUUGUCGCACUUGGUGGCGCAUCAGGGGCCCGGAUCUUUGUCAGCUUGGCUUCAGCGACAUGGAUGGCUUCCAGAGAACUUGGGGCCCAAGAUCACGGCUCAAAGCCCAUUCUGCACUGAGGGUUUCGCGAUCUGGGAGCUGAAGAUCAAGCUAUCCUCUUCAGGGUUGACCAACUGGCGUCGUGUGGCAGCCUGCGUCUUCGGUGUCUUAGCCGCCUUAGCCCAGCGCUAUGUGCGAGAUGCUCUGGGUGGUCCACGACGGGACCUAUGGCGGCAAGCCGUGGAUGAGGUGUCGACGUUGGCGGAUAUCGCGUGGCGCUUUCCGCCGCGGCCGCCCUUGGCCAGCGAGUUGGCCAAUGACAUGCGACAGAGCAAGAGUUCCAAGGCCUAUGUCUUGCAGGUUCGCCGCCUAGUGGCUCGAGAAGAGGCUGGUCUUGCAGUGGUGGGCCGUGCGGCGCGCUUCACCAGCUCCGCCGCCCAAGAGGAAGCCACCGAGGCCUUGGGCAAGGUCUUCCCCUCCCUAACGCCCCGCCGGGCACGCUUGACGCUCGCGACGAGCGCGACGUCUGCACGCCUGGGCCUUUGGGAGCUCCGGCGCCGCCGGGACGAGAACCUGCAGCUGCCCUUCGGUGAGCUGUCCUUCCGACGCACGGAGGCCGCGGAGUGGCUCACGAGUGGGCCGGCGUCAUGGUGGUGCGCGCCGCCCCUGAACGUCUACUUGUCCAGAGCGGAUAGGAUCAACAAGCCAAAGGCAAAGCCGGAUCCGAAGAUACCAGAGUCCAUCAAAAGCAAAACGGGCUUCAAUGGCGUUCUCUGGUCGGAAGCUUGUCGAGCUCGUUUAGUUCCGAACGCUGGAGCUUCUGCCAUCCCAGAAGCUUUGUGGGUGGUUCCCGGCUGUGUUUACGUGUCUGGACAGUUCAACGAGCGCGUUGAACCGCUGGGCGAUGAACCGGUGGUGACCUUGACCCUCUGGCUACCAGCGCAAAAUAUCCUGGAUGCAUCUCCCAGAUCUCGCGCAGCUGGACGGAUGUGGUUGAAAUCCUUACAAUUGGCACUCGAAAGCCCUUUCUAUUCCGCUGCCUUGGCUGGAUGUCGUUGGGAAUGUGCCUUCUUCACCACCUCUCCCAGCGAGGCAGGUGUCCGCUUCUCCUUCCAGGCCUUCUCCGACAACCUGCCGCGCUUCGCCACCGACGCGGCGCUGGCCAUCGGACGGCACACCGGGCCCGCGGCGGAGCAGCUGGAGGUGGUGCGCCGCAUGGCGCUGGCGGAGCUGACGAAGGGCGCCGCCAAAGGCGCCGCGGCCAGGCGCGCCGAGGCGGAACUGAAGUCCUUUUUGAAGCAGCUGAGGAUUGAAGAUGUUCAGCAGGAGUCUCAAGCCUUGUGGCGAAGCGUGGAUGGCGCCUCCUCUCAGGCCCUGGUGGCGGGCGCCAUCAGCGAGGAGGACGCAGCAGAGCUGGUGCGGCAGGUCGUGAGCACUCUGCCAAUCUCGCCGGGUGUCACCGCUCCAUUGGCCCCGCUGGACCCGGGGCCACGGCCUUGUGCGGUGCUCACGCGACGGCCCUCCUGGCAGGGGCCGGUGGCGCAGAGUCUCUGCCGGGCCUCGGGAUUGCCAGCGCUGCUGGACGUUUGUGGAAGAGCCAUGAAGUGAAAAAAAG